AUGGUCUUGUCAAUAUCAAACUGUGUGCGAGUAGCUUUCGUGUCGAUUUGUCUCACUCUAUGGCUUUUGUUUACAGAUGAUAUUAGCUCUGAUCCUGUGAUAUUAUACGACGUUUUGGACUAUUCAAAACCCGAGAGCUCAUCUUAUUUCCAGCACAACGAGCCGAUGCUCACAUUCGAUUAUCUGGCCGCGGUAUCCGAGGCAUUACACUUGAUGUAUCGACGUCGACUGCGCGGGAUUGUCGACCAUCGCAUGAUUUACUGCAACCAUUUCUUCUUGGCACUUCGUAUGGGAUGGAUAUCCAUCUGUCGCUAG